CUUCUACAUCUUCAUCUUCUACCUCCUCCCCCGAUCACCACCAUAACGCCACCGUCGCAAACGACCAGUGGUCGGAGGAGGAUGAAGAGUUGACGAUCACGGUGGACCUUGACAUGAGUGGACUGAAACCCAUCAAGGUUCCGAUACGAACCAAUCAUAAACUCGUCUCUACGGACCAUCAUAAGAAUAUGCUUGACAACGAGUUUUUCACCGAAUACGGUGAGGCUAGUCAAUAUGAGAUACAAGAAGUGAUUGGCAAAGGUAGCUAUGGUGUUGUUGCAUCUGCAGUUGAUACUCACACUGGUGAGAAGGUGGCUAUUAAGAAAAUCAAUGAUGUCUUUGAGCAUGUCUCUGAUGCCACUCGCAUUUUGAGAGAGAUUAAGCUCCUUCGGCUACUGCACCACCCUGAUAUUGUGGACAUAAAGCAUAUAAUGCUACCCCCUUGUAGACGAGAGUUCAAGGAUAUAUAUGUUGUAUUUGAGUUGAUGGAAUCUGAUCUUCAUCAAGUUAUAAGGGCAAACGAUGAUCUCACUCCUGAGCAUUAUCAGUUUUUCCUGUACCAGCUUCUUCGAGCUCUCAAGUAUAUACAUACAGGAAAUGUUUUCCAUCGAGAUUUAAAGCCAAAGAAUAUACUUGCUAAUGCAGACUGCAAACUGAAAAUCUGUGACUUUGGUCUUGCUCGUCCAUCAUUUAGUGAUGCCCCAUCAACUGUCUUUUGGACUGAUUAUGUGGCGACUCGAUGGUACCGUGCUCCUGAACUGUGUGGUUCCUUUUUCUCCAAGUACACUCCUGCUAUUGAUAUUUGGAGCAUAGGGUGUAUAUUUGCAGAAAUGCUAACAGGAAAACCAUUGUUUCCUGGGAAAAAUGUUGUACAUCAAUUGGAUCUCAUUACUGAUUUACUUGGCACUCCUUCUACUGAAUCUAUUGCAAGGAUUCGGAACGAAAAGGCCAGAAGAUAUUUAAGUAACAUGAAGAAAAAGAAACCAACUCCUCUCUCACAAAAAAUGCCUAAUGCUGAUCCAUUGGCUCUUCGUUUACUUGAGCGUUUACUUGCAUUUGAUCCUAGAGAUCGUAUUUCUGCUGAAGAGGCAUUAUCAGACCCAUAUUUUUAUGGAUUGGCAAACAAGGACAAUGAACCAUCUAAGCAACCCAUUUCAAAGCUCGAGUUUGAUUUUGAAAAGAGGAAACUAACAAAAGAUGAUGUUAGAGAGCUAAUUUAUAGAGAGAUAUUAGAGUAUCAUCCGAAGAUGCUACAUGACUAUCUUGAAGGUUCAGAUAAUAUUGGCUUCAUGUAUCCAAGUGGUGUUGAUCGAUUUAGACGACAGUUUGCACAUCUUGAGGAACAGUUUGGUAAAGGCGACAGAAGCACUGCACUGCAAAGGAAGCAUGCUUCAUUACCUAGAGAACGAGUUUGCAUGGAUGAGGGUACGGAACAAAAUGGCAAUUCUAAAAAGAGCACCACACUCUCAGCAGGUCGUGCGGCUAUACAGAGUCCUCCAAAGUCCCAGAGGUUUGAAGUAACAGACUCUGUUGGUGAAAAUGAAUCAACUAUACAAAAUGGCCUUAAUAAGCGGCAGUAUAGUCCUCAUAGCCUGGUGAAGAGUGAUAGCAUGAGUGCUUCUCAGUGUGUCGUUGUAAAAGGAAAGUACCUCGAGAAGGACAGAAUUGCAGCGCAAAAGAAAGAGAUGAUUAAUGUGGUGUCAUAGAAGAUUGCCGCAGUAGCUGCAGCACCAUACCUAUGGUAAUCUGGUAUUAUCUGAUAAGAUGGGCUAUCCAUCUGGGGAUGACAUAAAUAUGCAUGUUCACUGGGACCAUAACCUCCCUAUUGUCUCUUAUUAAUUCAUAACAUUUAGCAACCUCUGGAAUUUCUUUGUGUUGUCAAUGGCGAGAAGUAAAAUGUCAUAGACUCUUUAUAGAACCUAUAUUAAGCUUAAUCUCGUAGUUCUGAGGACCAAUAUAUUAUUACUGAUUUAUAGAUAAUCCUAUAAUUCUGCU